CACUGGUCUCAGAUGCUGGUUUAAACUUGUAGUUUUAACUGACAAAUGACAGUGACAGUUUACCGUCGUCUGUGGUCUGUGCCAAAACAAAACUAACCUAUAAAUAAGAAAUAGAGAAUAUUCAAGAAUGCUGGAAUUCUGUGCUAGAAAUGCAAUGAAAUCAGACUUUUAAAGUUCCCAAAGUGACACGAAAAAAUGUUAAUGCGUAUCAGUUUUUUUCUCCUUGGGUCAUGACACACUCCAGGCUCAAAGGCACCUAUUGUACAUACACAACUUUUUCGAUAUUACUAAUUUCUGUGAUGUUUAUUGUAACUGUAUUUUUAAGUUUUAUAGUAUUAAAUCAUGACCAAUGCCAGAGCCAGUCAAUAGCGGCAAAGCCAACAGUGUUAUUAGGAAGAAAUCCUAAGUUUGCACAGUCAAGACACCACCUGGCAGUAUUGGUACCUUAUAGAGAUCGUUUUGAAGAACUAAUGGAAUUUGUGCCAUACAUGUUUCGAUACCUUUCGAAUCAAAAUAUAGAUCACAACAUAUUUAUUUUGAACCAAAUAGACAAAUAUAGAUUUAAUAGAGCAUCCUUGUUGAAUGCAGGAUUCCAGCUUACUAAAAGCAACCAUGAUUAUAUUGCCAUGCAUGAUGUAGAUCUGCUUCCAAUGAAUACAAAUCUUUCAUAUGCUUAUCCAGAGACUCCGGUCCAUUUAGCUGGCCCAUCUUUUCAUCCGAGGUACCAUUAUGAGAAAUUUAUUGGGGGAAUACUACUCAUCAACAGGGAACAUUUUCAAUUGGUGGAUGGACUAUCUAACAGAUAUUGGGGCUGGGGACUUGAAGAUGAUGAGUUCUAUGUACGACUGAAAGAUGCCCACUUGAAUGUGACAAGACCCCAAAAUAUAGCAACAGGAACUAGUGAUACAUUUAGGCAUAUCCAUGGCGCAGACAGAAAAAGGGACACAGUGAAAUGUUACAAUCAACGUGAGGUGACUAGAAGAAGAGACCGCAAAACGGGUUUGCACGACGUGAAGUUCGACGUAGAAAGCUACAAAAAUAUGGAGAUUGAAGGUGCACCAUUCACAGUUAUAAACAUACGUUUAUAUUGCAAUUUUACUUCGACACCUUGGUGUGACUGUAGUCAACAAAAGACUGUUAGUAAUAAAAAACCUAACAGAUAAUCAGUUUCUGUUAUUUGCUUUAGUAUCUUCUCUCAGAAAUGAGGAGGAAGACAGUCAAAUAUACAGUUAUACAGUUUCGGGACCCUUUCGCACCUGCAGGCCGUGAGCGAUCUAGCUCUCUCCUACCGCUACACAAAUGGACUUUGCUCCUCAGAGCUCUUCUCCAUGAUGCCGCCGCGCGAUGUGCCUGCCAGGCACACCCGCCUGACUCCGGCCUCCCAUCCUAACCGUGUCGAACUUC